AACGCCCACUCGCGCCCCACACUUCGAGGCCUUUCAUCUGGUGCAGGAUGCUCACCCGCCUUGCCCGAGGAAGCCGCGCGCUCUCGACGCGCUCCGUGAGCUACCCGAGCUACGUCAAGAUCGUUGAAGUCGGUCCGCGCGAUGGCCUCCAAAACGAGAAGACCGUCGUCUCGACGGCGGACAAGGUGACGCUCAUCAACAUGCUCUCGGAUGCGGGUCUGCCCGUGGUCGAAGCCACGUCGUUUGUCUCGCCCAAGUGGGUACCUCAGAUGGGCGACAACUCGGAUGUGAUGCAGCAGAUCAAGCGCAAGGAAGGCGUCUUCUACCCUGUCUUGACCCCGAACCUCAUGGGUUUCGAUGCUGCCGUCAAGGUUCACGCGCAGGAGGUCGCGAUCUUUGGCGCCGCGUCCGAGUCGUUUAGCCGCAAGAACAUCAACUGCUCGAUUGAAGAAAGCCUCGAGCGCUUCCAGCCCGUGUGCGAGAAGGCCAAGUCGCUCGGUAUCCGUGUCCGUGGCUACGUCUCGUGCGUCCUCGGCUGCCCGUACGAAGGUCCGAUCGACCCGGCGGUCGUUGCCAAGGUUGCCAAGACCUUGCUCGACAUGGGCUGCUACGAGAUCUCGCUUGGCGACACCAUUGGCAUUGGCACGCCGGGCUCGACCUUGGAGAUGCUCCGGGCGACGAAGGAGGUCGUGCCCGUGGAUCAGCUCGCCGUGCACUUCCACGACACGUACGGCCAGGCGCUGGCCAACAUUUUGGUGGCGCUUCAGGAAGGCGUGAGCGUCGUCGACAGCGCCGUCGCGGGCCUCGGCGGAUGCCCGUACGCGAAAGGCGCGUCCGGCAACGUGGCGACCGAAGACGUCGUGUACAUGCUGCAUGGUCUGGGCAUCGAAACGGGCGUCGACCUCGCCAAGGUCAUGGAGGCCGGUAGCUUCAUCUCAACGGUGCUCGACCGCCCGACAAGCUCCAAGGCCGCGCGUGCCCUCCAAAAGCCUUUGGCGUCCAAGCUCUAAGGGGCUGGAUCAUCGUCGCAGUACAUUCAUUGUGUGCUGAAUGAGAGCUCGAUCGAUCGACCAGUCAAGUAACCCAAGAGCAAGAAUGUCGUUCUCAACUCGUAC